UACACGUGCACGAGCGUAGUUAUUCAGCGCCGCGAUGACGUCAUUCUAAAGCGCCACAACCUUUACUACAGUGCUAAUAUAUCAAGUUUGUCUCUUAAUUCUCAGUUCAUUGUAUUUGUUUAUAGAUAUGCAGAGAGCAGCGAGGUAUGCAGUGAAACAUGACUUUACGCGUGUUUUCUGUCCGUCAAACGUAAGGAACUGUCCUGCCCUGAACAGAGUUAAUGGCUCCCUGUUAUGUAGAAGAUACAGUGUCCUUCCUCCACCACGGGACAAAGAAGAGAAGGCCAUGCUGGACAGUAUGUUGAGGGUUGACCAUGCAGGAGAAUAUGGAGCCAAUCGUAUCUACGCUGGGCAGAUGGCCAUUCUUGGAAGAACUCAGACAGGGCCUCUAAUCCAGCAUAUGUGGGACCAAGAGAAAAUACAUUUGGAAAAAUUUAAUGAGAUCUUGGGCGAGCAUCGGGUUCGGCCAACGUUAAUGUUGCCACUGUGGAAUAUCACAGGGUUUGCACUAGGGGCUUGUACUGCUCUUCUGGGUAAGGAAGGGGCUAUGGCCUGCACUGUUGCAGUAGAGGAGAGCAUCUCAGAGCACUACAACAGUCAAAUCCGAACACUUAUGGAAGCUGACCCGGAGAGAUAUACAGAGUUAUUACAGAUUAUUAAAGAAUUUCGUGAUGAUGAAAUCGAACAUCAUGACACUGGAUUGGAGCAUGAUGCUGAAUCGGUACCCGGAUAUUUGGUUUUGAAAACAUUAAUACAGGUUGGCUGUAAAGCUGCAAUCUACAUUUCUCAGCGUAUUUAGAGUCAUUUUAGCAAUGCAUUUAUGUUUAAAUAUUGUUUUGUCAUCAUAAAUGUACAAUAAAUAGCUGAUGUCAGAACUGCACUUUUUGAAGCUUUGAUCAGUUUGAAUGAUGCUAAAAGAAAAAUUGAGAGUUCUGCAACAUUUGAACAAUUUUACAAUUAAAAAAUACAAACAAAAUGAUAUCCUGUUUGUGUUGCAAUUAAAAGGAGUCACAAAGUGUUCAAAAAGAUUAAUCUUCAGUUAUGUUCAUAUUUUAUUUGACAUUGUCAUCCGUAACAGAGAGAAUAUAACAGAAACAUAAAAAUUAAUUGCUGCAUUAUCACAGACAAGGUUUCACUGAUUAGUCAUGGAGUUAAAGGGCUAGUUCACCCAAAAAUGAAAAUUCUCUCAUCAUUUACUCACCCUCAUGCCAUCCCAGAUGUGUAUGACUUUCUUUCUUCUACUGAACACAAACAAAGAUUUUUAGAAGAAAAUUUCAGCUCUGUAGGUCCUUGCAAUGCAAAUGAAUGGUGACCAAAACUUUGAAUCUCCAAAAAGCACAUAAUGGCAGCAUAAAAGUAUCCAUAUGACUCCAGUGGAUAAAUCUUUAUAUUCAGAAGCGAUAUGAUAGGUGUGGGUGAGAAACAGAUCAAUAUUUAAGUCCUUUUUAUUAUAAAUCUCCACUUUCACUUUCACAUUAUCCUUUUGUUUUUUGCAAUCCCAUUCUUUGUGCAUACUGGGCAGAGAGGAGAUUUUAUAGUAAGAAAGUUCUUAAAUAUUGAUCUGUUUCUCACCCACACCUAUCAUAUCGCUUCUGAAUAUAUAGAUUUAUCCACUGGAGUCAUAUGGAUACUUUUAUACUCAUACACUUCUGGGAUGGCAUGAGGGUGAGUAAAUGAUGAGAGAAUUUUCAUUUUUAAGUGAACUAUCUCUUUAAGUCAGUUGACUUCACAUGAAAUAGCCAAUCCUGUAAUGAGAGAUACGAUAUAACCAUACAUGUUGUCUGUAUUGCUCCACCUUGUGGUCAUUUUAUGCAAGAUGACUGUAAAAUGCUUGGAAAUGUUAAACUGUCAAACCACCAGAGGACAGCUCUUUUCUCCUGGUGAUGUCAUAGAAUUUUUAAAUGUGUGUGUGUGUGUUUUUUAUUUUAUUUUAUUUUUUUAUUGUUGAUGACCGGAGAACAUUUAUGUGUAUGCAUUUAGCAGCUGCUUUUAUCUAAAGCGAUUUACAGUGCAUUCAAACUAUAGAUUUAACCCUUUGGUUCAGUGUACAGAUAAAGCCAUUAAACCAUUCUGGGUGUGAUGUUAAACCCAAACCACUAUGGAUUAUUAAAUCUAACCCUUUCCCUUAAUUCUGAAUUGCUGUUCUCUUUAAAUUAAAUUGUUACUUUUAUUUAUGACAACAUUUGUUCAGCAUGGUGACGAAACUGCAAUUUCCCACAUACAUUACUUCUAUGCACCACAUUAACGUCUGUCACAAUUGACAGAUAUGUAACUCUUACCAAAUCCAAAUGCGUCAUUAAUAAAAAGGUGAUUGGAAACAAUUGUUUUCUUGUUCUGAAGUAAAAUGAAUUUAUU